AUGCGAGGUUUACAGGUGGAGGAAGCGAGAUCACAACCGUUCAGUCCAUGGGAGGUCUUGAAGCUCUUCUGGGCUGAGGACAAGGUUAACCGAUGGCUCAGCGCGAUACAAGAUACCACAGAGACUCCAAACAACCUUCUUUGCCUCGCUCUACACGUCCAUAUCUACCAGGGCAAGGCUUCUCGGAAAAGAUGGUGCUGGUGGGGUUGUGGGUUUAUGGGAUGUGCCGACUGGGUUUUGCAGCGUGUUGUUGCGAUGGCUGGUGGUGCAGAACCUCGAGAUUACACCUAUAAAACAGACGAUGAAGACGAUGAGUGGUGCCUAGCCCUGUGCAUAUUACUUGUGGCGGGCAUGCCUUUCAGAGGCACAGAGCUAGCGUCUUUACAGGCCGUUAACACCGGCCAUACCGGCCGAAGAGUUUUCAUUUACGAUGACACCCUCCUUGUCAUAUGCGAAUACAGCAAGGCAGAAAACGUAUCCGGCCACCCAGUCGUGGUUAUACGUGCUCUACCUCAAUAUAUCGCGCGUUUAUUUAUUAUGUUCCUUGCUCGCAUUCGGCCUCUGAUUGAAUUCAUCAACUUCACCAUUUAG